AUGCGUGGCGUACCAAACAAAGCUGAAGAAUCGUUAUCGCUGUCCGACAUACUAUAUGACGACAAUGGCAGCCUUCUCCAGCACGCGCUCAUGACAGGGUUUAUUGUAGACGAAGGCUGGCUACUUGGGCAUUUCAGCUCGCAAACAAGCCUAACCCUUAUAUCCAACAAAACCAUCAACGCACGACCAGCCGACCAAAGAAUAAUCCGGGUAUUCCCAGAGCUUCCCAGACCGCAGGUCCAGAUAAUCCACACCAAAAUAAUGCUUUUGUUUUUCCCAGGGUUUGUCCGCUUUGUCGUAUCUUCAGCAAAUCUGGCCGAGGACGACUGGAGUGUUUUGCAAAACAUCGUGUUUGUUCAAGACUUUAUGCGAGACCCGUCUUUGGUGUUUCCAGCCAAUGAGUUUAGCAUGUCCUUGGCAUAUGCGCUGCACGAUCUGAGCGUGCCAUUCGAGAUUAUUGGGUGGAUGAAUAGCGUGGAUUUCUCAACGGCCAUUGCGCAAAUAGUGACUUCUGUGCCAACCGGCGGCCAGCGCAUGAAUAUGAAUAUGGCGGAGUACGGGAUGGAACGGCUGGCUGUGGUUAUUAAAAGCAUCAAAAAGCCCAACACCACUUUAUUAGAUUACGAGUUUACGCCCGAUGCUCGCAUGUACUGUGUGGGAUCAUCCCUGGGCCCCCUGGAUCACCGCUGGCUGCGUGAUAUUUACUUGUGCGCCCAUGGUAUUAAUCCCCGGCACCACCGGGAUACGCUGUGGAAAAAUACCGUGCCCGAUAAUCUCAUUGACAUUGCCGUGGCCUUCCAUACCCAGGAGCAAGUGGACAAGUGCAGGUAUGAUGUUGACUGCAGUCAAUAUAUUUAUGCUCGGCCGGAGACAUUUAAUGCGCGCGAGUUUCCUCAAUCACACAUGUUCCGUGUUCAGCCGCAUUUUAGCAGGACCAUUGUGCAUGCGAAGGUUAUUUUGACUCGGGUCGGUGGGGAUCAGACGUGUGGGUGGAUGUACUUGGGGAGCCAUAAUUUUACGCCUGGCGCGUGGGGCAGGCUGCAGGUGAAGAGCGGAGAGGAUAUUUAUGUUAACAAUUACGAGUUUGGCAUUGUGCUGAACGACAUGCUUUUUGUCGACCAGCUUGACCAGAAUGGCAAUAAGGAUAGCCGCGCUAGCCUACUCUCGGCAUUAUUCGGCUUCUCGCUGGCUGAUAUCAAAAUCAAAUUAUUGCCUCUAGUCACAGCAUUGUCCUUGUCUGGCAUCUCGGUUAAUGGGCUAGUAUGCGUCGUACCAGUAGUGCUUGGGUAUAUCUCAGCAGCAUUUGUGUCCGUUGUGCUCGGAUGGCCCGCAAUCUGA